AUGAGUCCAAAGGUGCAAGGUGCACUGAAAAUCAACAAGGAAUCUCAAACGAUUAAGAAAUCAACGAGCAAGGCACAGCAGAAGGAGCCUCUGAUUAUCUACACGCAAUCUCCCAGGAUCAUUCAGACUAACUCUCGUCACUUCAUGGAGCUCGUCCAGAAGCUAACCGGAAUCUUCCGCUCCGAUCCCGACGAUACUGCCGACGCCGACGCAUGCAAACCGACGACGCCUCUGUUGAAGGAGGAUUCGGAGGAGAACGAGGAAGCAGCAUCGGUAAUCACGGCGGAGGAGGACAACUGCAAUAUUAGCAUGGGUGAGGUGAAGUCCAGUUUCGUGGCAUUGGAGCCUCCGCUCAUCCCUAAUUAUGUCAAUAAUUUUUCAGUAUUUGAAUCCGAUUUCUUCAGCUCCACUGAUCCGUUUUUGAAUUUUGCGGAUCCGUUGUUGUUCUGA